UAUACUUGUUGUUUGGCAGGCUGGUCUUAUAGAAGCUCAUGAAGAUGCCAUUCAGGAGUCCCUUGCUGCAUUUAAUGCUAUUGCAGUUGGGUCUGGUUUACAGCGGAUGAAUUAUGAAAAGCUUCUCCAUAGCUUUUGCAAGAAGGCUUUCGAGGAUUACAAACGAACCACAUUUUUAGAGGCUGAUUUGCAGUGUUCAAAGGCAAUACAAAACAUAGAAAAUAAGUUGAGGGCAGCUUGCCAUGUUUCUGAUGCGACACUUGGUAAUAUUAUUCAGGUUCUGGAUAAUCUUCUCACCGAGUACAAGUCAUCUUCACAUGGUCCGGGAAAAUGGAGGAAAUUGGCAGCAUUCUUACAACAAUGUUUGAAAGGGCCGAUACUUGACCUUGUUAAUAAGCAAUUAGAUCAAAUCAUCUCUGAGAGGAGUGCUCUUGAGCUAAAAUGCCGUGCAUUUGAAGACAAAUUAGGUUUGCUUCAGAAGCAGCUUGAAGCAAAUGAGAGACACAGGGCAGAAUAUUUGGCACGCUACGAGAAAGCUCUAAGUGACAAGCAAAACAUUUCUGCAGAGUAUAGUCAAACUAUUAUGAACUUGAAUAGCAAGUGCAACACAUUGGAGGAGCGCUGUUUGAGUCUUUCCAAAGCUUUAGAACACGUGAAACGUGAAUCCUCUGAUUGGAAAACUAAAUACGACAAUAGCUGUUUGGAGUUGCAAGCUGUGGAAGAGAAAUUCACUGCACAAAUUGCUGCUCUGGAGUCUAGGAGAAGUAUUGCUGAAGGAAGAUUGGCUGCAGCUUGUGAACAAGCUAAAUCUGCUGUGGAAGAGGCAUCUGAAUGGAAGAGGAAAUAUGAUGUUGCUACUGGAGAACUCAAGACAGUGCUGGAGAAGUCAACAUUUGCCCAGAAACGGUCAAAUAAGGAACUGCAAACCAGGGAAGAUGCUUUGAGGGCUGAGUUCUCCAACUUUUUAGCCAGGAAGGAGGAGGAAAUCAAAAAUUUGAUUGUCAAGUUUGAUAAUGCUGAGAAUCAAUCAAUUAACCUGGCUUCACAACUGAAGGCUGCUGAAUCAAAACUGAAGAACCAUGAAUUGGAGGCCUUAUCCUUGAGGGAUGAAAUCAACGAGUUAAAUGAGAAGCUAGAUUUUGCUAAAACUACAGCUUUAUCACAUGAAAGAGAAGCCCGAAUUCUUGAACAGGAGAAGAACCAUCUUCAAGAGAAAUUUAUACUGGAAUGCAAGAAAUUUGAUGAAGCAGAUGAGAGGUGCAGGGCUGCUGAAAGGGAAGCAAAAAGAGCAAUUGAACUGGCAGAUGCUGCUCGUGCUGAAAUGGUUACUGCAGAAAAGGAGAAAAAUGAAGUCCAACAAUUGGCAGCAGAGAGAUUGGCACUAAUUGAAAGAGCUGAAAGACAUGUUCAAAGUUUAGAAGGGGAGAAAUCAAAGCUGAUGGAAGAAAUUGAAAAGCUGCGCCAAUCAGAAACUGAUGUGGUCUCCAAGGCGGUUCUGCUUGAAAGCAGAGUUGAGGAAAGGGAGAGAGAAAUUGAGGAGAUGCUUAGUCAGAACAAUGCACAAAGGUCCAAUACAGUCCAAGUUCUUGAAUCUCUUUUGGCAACAGAACGUAAAGCUCGAGCUGAGGCAAACAGCAGAGCAGAAGCCUUGUCCUUACAACUUCAAGCAACACAAGGCAAAUUGGAUGCACUUCAUCAGGAGCUCACAGCUGUUCGACUGAAUGAGAAUGCCUUAGAUGGCAAGCUCAGAACUGUGCCACAUGGCAAGCGAUUACGGACUGGUGACUACUUGGGGACAGAUUCUGUCCAAGAUAUGGAUGUAGACUUUGAGGUAAAGGGCAGAAAGAGAGCAAAGACUAGCACAAAUCAUUUAAAGUUUACUCAUACUGACGAUGGUGCCUCUGCAUUCCAUGGAGAUGAUAGAAACCAGAGUCAGCAGACUGAAGAAACUGAAACUGAGGACUAUGCAAAGUUCACUGUCUUAAAACUGAAGCAGGAGCUUACAAAGCAUGGAUUUGGCGCACAGCUGCUGCAAUUAAAGAAUCCAACCAAGAAAGAUAUACUAGCAUUAUAUGUGAAGUUGGUUCUCAAGAAGCAGCUGUAUUCAUGACCCCUUCAUUAUCUAUAUCAACUUGGCAGCAAAUAUAGAGUUUGAUAUUUCUCAGAUUGUGUAAUCUGUGUUUUCGUAGGGUAUCUGGAUCAUUUUAUGACAUCUUUAGAUCAAAUGAAGCGUUAUUUGUGGUCAUUGAUGAAGAAAUGUUGUGAUUAGUCCAUGUUUGUAUUUGAUUUGUUUGAUUUUGAUAUCUUGCAGGUUGUAACUUAGGGAUAUGACUUUUAGCCAAAAAAUAUAUUGUGAGCUCUUUUAUUCUUA